AAGCUGGGACAUGCGCAGAACGAAACGUCAAAAAAACGAACUCGCAUUGGUUAUUAAAAUAUGGCGUUUCUCGUUUAAUUUGUGAAAAUUUUCUAGUAAAAGUAUAGGUUAAAAAAUGUCCGUUGUAAAUGAAGUUAAAGAAUUUUAUACUAACGAUAUCGUAUACCGUUUCGAUAAGCGUAAAAAAAUUAACUUCGGUGUUGUUGUCGAUAGCUACGAAGCGUCCACAGAUGCGGACGAUAGUAGCGAAUUACAAAAAGGUCAAAUUCGAGUUUGGUGGCUUAACAGCUCCAGGGCUUCGGUCUGGAAACAGAAUAAGGUACGCUUGAUGAGCCGAAGUAUCAUUCCCGGUGAUAUAGUCCGUCGACUAGAGAAUGGGACCGAAACGCAAAGGGGCUAUUGUAAAGAGGCAAAGCAGUUUGCAACCGUUCAAAUUGUUGGCACUGACAAGAUUAUUGAAAGAGUUACCAGUGAACGGUUAAAUACCGUUUCACAGUUCGAUAAUAAUGUCGCCGUGUGUCUCGAUAAUAAGUAUGGAAGAAUACAGGGUAUUGAUCAAAAAAUUAAAAUGCAAUCAAAAUGUGGCUCAACCGUCGAAGUAUUCUCGAGUAUUAAUCACGACGUCGAAGAUUAUUGGUUAACUAAAAGGAACAGAAGUUAUUUCGAUAUAUUUUAUCCCGGCCAGGAAGUGGUUUGCACUCCAAAUAAUUUAGAGCAGCCGCAGUGGGUACACCGGUCUAAAGUGAUGAAACGCUCGAUGCAAUCACGCCAAAGGUUCACUGUACAAAAGGUCGAACCUUUAGACAUUGAGGUUUGCUGGUACGAUUCAAUGUCUAGCACUCAUCUUGCGGAUGUUAAACCCGAAGAUGUUCCCAGGUUGAAAGUUGUUGAACCAGUCGAAAACUCUCAUUUGGAAUUGGCCGAACGACGACUUUUAAAGAUGAGCGUUUUAGACGUUUUACUAAAGAAAAAGGAUUGGAUUCGAAAACAGUCUGUGUUACAUCAGCCUGAACACCAUAAAGUUUUGCAUAUUGUCAAUCGCACUUCUAAAAAAGACAGAGGGCCUAAAUUACGCCGUCCUUCGAUGUUAGCUACAUGUGUAAACAUAACCGAACCCGAAGAGGAUUGGUACACCGAGGAGGGGGAGGAGGAGGUAUCCGACAAUGGCAGUUCGUCGAGCACCACAUCAAACACCCGCCUCAAUGCCAAACAUUUUCCGCCCAAACUACGUGAGCUUGUUCCAGGAAAUACCGUCGCUGUGGAGGUAUUAUGUACAGAUUCACGCGUAACUGUCGUCUGGCAAGACGGUACCGAAGAAAAGGAUAUUCCAACGACUCUUUUGUACUACUCCAUCUCCUUAGACGAUCACGAAUUUUUCCCCGGCGAAUGGGUCACUUACGAUGGUAAAACCGAAAAGUACGGUGCCAUUCAGCACGUGAAUCAUUUGGAACGAACCGCCACGGUUAAGUGGUUCACUCACGGUGAUGGCAACGAAAAGCCCCAGCUUCUUUCAACGAACGAAAUGAGCGUGUACGAUUUAAGAAAGCAUCCGAAAUACGCAUUCCGUCCAGGUAGUGUGGUAAAACGAAUUCCAGUCGAGAGUGAGAGGUUUGGGACAGUUUUGGAUAGUUGUCCUGAGGGUUACGUCAUUGUACACUGGAUUAACGGUGUUCAAGAGAACUGUUGGCCUCAAAAUCUGGAACUGAUACCCGACAGUAUCGACUACGAAUAUUCGAUUACUGACAAUGAAGAUAGCGCACAGGUAUCUUGGGAGACCGAAAGUAUCGAGUCGAUUGCCGGCGAUCUCACCGACGAGACUGCUUUACAAAACAUGGCCGCGCGUCUCGAUUUCGUGCGCGGUCGUGUUACAUAUCUUAAGGACGUUCUAAAACAGCAUAGCUCCAGUCAGUGCUUUUUGCUCUUAAAGGAGUUGCUGAUGGUAUAUGACAAUUCCAGUUAUUUAGAUAAACUCCUAGACACAUCAUUUUUUACGUUGAAAAGUCGGCACUUUCAGGUCCUGUUGGCUCAAAUUAAGGAAAAGGCGAAGACGUACGGCGUAGAGUUGCGAGGGAGGUUAUUUUCGACCGUCGAAAAUCUGGGCUGUUCGUCGACGCGUAGCAAAAAUCCCGAAAAGGAGAAUAUUAAUAAGGUUCUGAAAUUGGAGCACAAACUUACUCAGCUGGGAGAGGAGACGAAGGAUGGCGAAACGAAGGAAUCGGGAGAACCUUCCGCUGCGACGACGCCGGAUAGCGAAUGUCCCUCUGUUUCCGACGACAACAUCUGCGUCGAGUUGCUCUCUAUGAUGAAAGUUCGAAUGGAUCUGGCCUACGCGGAAAUAAUUUCGCGCAUAGGCGGACCUCAGGCGCUAACGGUAAUGACGAAAGCGUCCGACGCGUUACCGGUCCCCUCGACUCCCCUACCAAGUCUGCCUACGACGCCCGAGGAUUGCUUCUGUUUAUUGAAUCCGUUAAAGUUAAACAAAUCUGUGAUUUCUAGUGAAAAUGACAUAUAUAAGAUUAUAGACGAAGCUCACUUUAGCCAUCGUUUUUAUAGUAGUAAAUGUGAACCUAACGAUAAGCAAAAGUUUUUCAAGACUGUCCAAAAGGAGUUUAAACUACUGAGGGAGUCCCUUCCGCCCGGUGUUUGGGUGCGUUCUUACGGAAACCGGCUGGAUCUGCUUUCCGUGAUGAUUGAGGGCCCAAAAAACACACCCUACGAAGACGGAUUGUUUCUGUUCGACCUUCAGCUCAGUUCUGAUUAUCCCCGAUCGCCCCCUCUCUGCCACUACAUCAGUUACAGUUUGGAAAGGCUUAAUCCGAAUUUGUACGUCGAAGGCAAAGUCUGUAUUUCGUUAUUGGGGACGUGGCUGGGGCGGGGCACCGAAGUCUGGAACACCAACAGCACCUUGCUGCAAUUAAUCGUGUCAAUUCAAGGCUUAAUACUGGUAGCCGAGCCUUACUACAACGAGGCUGGCUACGAGAAACAGAUGGAAUCGCAACAGGGUUAUGAAAAUUCGCGAAUGUACAACGAGCUUGUUGUUCUUAAACUUGUACAGUCGAUGACCGAAUUGGCGUUGGCGCCACCGCAAGUAUUCGCAAAGGAGAUUUAUGCAUACUGCGCUACGCACGGAGAGCGAAUGUGUGAUCGUCUGGAGAGGUGGUGUGACGAUUCCGAGCCAUUAAUACCCGAAUUUCCCCUGUUACCUGUUAGCAAAGGCUUGAAAUUGUCGCUUACUAUCGCGAUUAAGGCAUUUAGAGAUGUUUUAAAGAAGACUAAUUUUAACGACGCUCAAAGUGUCGCACUGUGAAUCUAAAAAUUGUCCGUCUUUAGUUUUAUAUUUAAUAAAUUAUUCCUCGUUCGUAUCUGUUCUAACGUUGGAAGAGGUACGUCAAUAAUCGCUAUAGCUUUUACAAUAUUGUUGGUAAUGGUUGUGUUUUCGGUAUUUGUUGAAAGUAUUAGUAGGUUAGUUAGCUCAGUUCACUACUUACAAGCCAAUUUGUUAUUGCUCAAUUUUAGGCUGUUUCGUUUCCAAUGCGUAACACAGUAUUCACCCUAACCAAAAAGCAAUAGAUGGCUCUCGAAUAUUCUUAGUAUUGUUAUAUUUCCUUAGAUUCUAGACAAUAAUGAAAUAUAUUUUUUUGUAUUGUG